AUGAUGGAACUUCUACUUAGUAUGUCAACUGAAAUGAAACAGAUCAAAGAACAGUCCGAACGACAGCUCGAACGACAGACAGAAGAGUUAAAACAACAGACAGAGAAGUUAAAACAGAUCAAAGAACAGUCCGAACGACAGUCCGAACGACAGACAGAGGAGUUGAAACAGAUCAAAGAACAGUCCGAACGACAGUCCGAACGACAGACAGAAGAGUUAAAACAACAGAUCAAGGAACAGUCCGAACGACAGACAGAGGAGUUAAAACAGAUCAAGGACCAGCUAAAACACGUAAAAUUGGAAGUGGCAGAACAGAUUGAAGAACAGUCAAUAAGAAUAGAAAUGAUCGAGCAGAAACUUGAUCGUCAGACCGUUGAGGUAGAUCACAAGAUAGACAAAUUAAAGCGAGAAUUGGAGCAAUCCAAAAAAAUGGCCAUGCCGUUAGAUCACGCAUCCGGAAGAACUUUGAAGGUACCAGCAUUUGACGGAGAGAUGUCUUGGAACGUUUAUAAAAACCAGUUCGAAGCAGCUGCAACUAGUAACUGUUGGAACGGAAAAGAACGAUCAACAGCACUGAUACUGGCCCUGCGAGGUUCAGCAGCAGAGGUUCUUCAGACGAUUCCGGCGGAGAACCACUUCAACUAUGAAGCUCUGGUUAGCGCGUUGGAUUUACGUUAUGGUGAAGAACACAUGAAACAGAUUUAUCGAUCUCAGCUUAGAAACAGAACGCAACGAUCUGGUGAAUCCAUUCAGCAGCUGGCACAAGAUAUCGAACGGUUGACAUUGCUGUCGUAUCCAACAUCAGACCCCGAGCAUAGAGACGAAACUGCCCUGGAUACAGCAAACACAGCGAGGACAGCGAUGAGAAGAAGAGAUCGGAACAUCGUGAAAUUUCAACGUUGA